GGUAUUUCACUGAAAAUAUAGUAAGCCGAAACCCAAAUAAGUAUGAACCCUCGUCUAUGCUCCAAAUGCAAACCCUCUUCAACACCCUCUUGAGGCUUGAACCCUCGCAUCACCUGAAAACCAUCGCUAUUCGAAGAUUUAUUCUCAAUUCCGUGCUUAGCAGAUUCAUAAUCUGUAUGAUGAGAUAAUCAAUCCACAAAAUUUGGUUGAAUUGAACCAAGAACAUGGUUUCGAAGCAAUCCGGCAAGGAAAAUGAGGAUGCUGGUGCCGAUGCUGAUGUAGAUGCUGGUGUGGUUUCUUCUCCCAGGCCAGUUCGAACAAGCGACAGGCUUCGAAAAAGGCCCAAAUCGUACAACCGGUAUGUAAUGUUUCCGAAGUCGAAACGAAGCAAGACGAAAACGAGAACCGCUGCUUCUCAGAUUGCCAAGAUGUUAAACACCAGACAGAACAACUCGGAUUCUGUUCUAGCAACCCUUCGUCGUUCCACAAGACAAAGAAGAGUUUCUGUAAACCUGGACGCCUACACAGACAGCACUGGAACAGAAGACAACGACCUAAUGGGUCCAAAUCCAAAGUACAGAAGUUCCAGGAGUCGAAAUAACAGCAGCAACAGGCAUAAAGAGAAGCUGCUUCCUCGACGUGAAGGACUUAGACCUCGUCAUUCCAAUUCAGGUCCAAGAGGACAACUCAUUCUUGAAUCCGAAGAUGAUGAAAGAGAGAAUUACGAAGAGAAUAAUAAUAAUGACGAAAACGGACAUGAGAAUGGGAAUAAUGAGAUGGAGGAAGAAGAUGGUGAUGAUGAAGAAGAAGAAGAAGAAGAAGAAGAGGAAGAAGAAGAAGAAGAAGAAGAAGAGGAACAAGAAGAGGGUAGAAGAAGAUACGAUCUCAGAAACCGUUCAGAGGUUCGAAGACUCGAAGAGAGUAGCGGUAAACAAAGAGCAAGAUCUCCCCGAAGGGUACUUCAACAAGGGGUAAAAUUGUCAAAACACAAUCGUGAUGUUAGAAGAGGUGGAUCCGGAUCAUCCCGCGUCCAUAAACGCCACCGUAUCUCAAGAGCCACCGAAGACUCUGACGAUUCUCUCCUUGUCGACGAGCUAGACCAAGCCAUGCCAAUGCCAUGGUCACGAGGGGCAAAUCGGUCAUUUCCACCACCAUGGCUGUUAGGCGGACCCGACAUGCACGGUUCAUUAAACAUCGCAGCAUCCGGUUGGGGUCAAAGUCAACCCUCUGAUGUAUUGUCCAGCCUGGCAUCCGGUGUACAAACCGCGGGCCCCAGUUCGAAAGGUGGGGCCGACAUCCAACCUUUACAAGUAGACGAAACCGUAAGUUUCGAUGACAUAGGCGGGCUUUCCGGUUACAUCGAUGCGUUAAAAGAAAUGGUGUUUUUCCCGCUUUUGUACCCUGAUUUUUUCGCUAAUUACCAUAUUACCCCUCCCAGAGGAGUCCUCCUCUGCGGGCCACCUGGCACCGGGAAGACAUUAAUCGCGCGUGCUUUAGCCUGUGCUGCUUCAAAAGCCGGACAGAAAGUGAGUUUCUACAUGAGGAAAGGAGCCGAUGUGCUUUCCAAAUGGGUAGGUGAAGCCGAAAGACAACUGAAAUUGCUGUUUGAAGAAGCACAAAGAAACCAACCUUCGAUUAUAUUCUUCGAUGAAAUUGACGGACUUGCCCCUGUGAGGUCAAGCAAACAAGAACAGAUUCACAACUCCAUUGUUUCAACUCUUCUUGCAUUAAUGGAUGGUUUGGAUUCAAGAGGACAAGUGGUUUUAAUCGGGGCAACAAACCGGAUCGAUGCGAUUGAUGGAGCAUUGAGAAGACCCGGUAGAUUUGAUCGUGAAUUUACCUUCCAAUUACCUGGUUUGGAUGCACGUGUUGAAAUUCUAGACAUUCAUACAAGAAAAUGGAAACAGCCACCUGUACAGGAGUUGAAAUUGGAGCUUGCUGCAAGCUGUGUAGGGUAUUGUGGAGCUGAUUUGAAAGCUCUUUGUACUGAAGCUGCUAUACGUGCUUUUCGUGAAAAAUACCCUCAGGUUUACACCAGUGAUGAUAAGUUCUUAAUAGAUGUUGAAUCUGUUGAGGUUGAAAAGAAGCAUUUUAUGGAAGCCAUGUCAGCAAUUACACCUGCUGCACAUAGAGGUUCCGUUGUGCAUUCCAGACCUUUAUCGCCAGUUGUAUCGCCAUGUCUGCAAAGACAUUUACAGAAUGCCAUGAGGGUUAUAUCCGAUAUCUUUCCUGUUCUUGAAAUUUCAUCUGAAUCUAGUAAAUUUUCCAUGGUUGUUUCCGGUUUUGCCCUUCCUCUUGUGUACAGACCUAGGCUUCUGUUGUGCGGGAUUGAGGGCGCUGGGCUGGAUCAUUUGGGACCUUCUAUUUUACAUGAACUGGAAAAGUUUCCUGUUCAUGCCCUUGGACUUUCUUCUCUUUUAUCUGAUCCAAGUGCUAAAACACCAGAGGAAGCUUUGGUUCAUGUUUUUGGUGAAGCAAGGAGAACUACACCUUCCAUACUCUAUUUACCUCAAUUUCAUCUUUGGUGGGAAAAUGCACAUGAUCAACUCAGGGCUGUGUUAUUGACUUUAUUAGCAGAAUUGCCAUCAGAUUCUCCCAUAUUACUACUUGGAACAUCAUUUGUUCAGCUUGAUGAGCUUGAUGGGGAUCCCUCUUCUGUAUUCCCUUCAAGUAGCAUAUAUCAGGUGGAUAAACCAAUAACAGAGGAUAGAAGUUUGUUUUUUGAUCAUUUGAUAGAAGCUGCUUUUUCGAUACCAUCAGAGGGAGGGGCAAAAAAGUCAAAAAAAUCAGCUGCUGUUCCUGAACUGAGUAAGGCACCAAAGGUGGACACUGGCCCAAAAGUGUCUGAAUUAAAAGCUAAAGCUGAGGCUGAAGGUCAUGCUCUUAGGAGAUUACGAAUGUGCCUACGUGAUGUUUGCAAUAGGGUUUUGUAUGAUAAAAGGUUCAGUGCCUUUCACUAUCCAGUGUUGGAAGAAGACGCCCCUGACUAUCAUGCAGUUAUUCAGAAGCCUAUGGACAUGGCUACCCUUCUACAACGUGUUGAUGCUGGCAAGUACAUAACUUGCAAAGCCUUUUUGGAAGAUUUUGAUCUCAUUUUAGCAAACGCAAAGAUAUAUAACAGGGACGAUUACAAUGGAGCUAGGAUUGUCAGUAGAGCUUACGAACUUCGAGAUUCAGUGCAUGGGAUGUUAUCGCAGAUGGACCCCGCAUUGGUGAGUUAUUGUGAAAAAAUAGCUGAAAAUGGGGGCCCACUGACUCUACCUGAAGAAAUUGGUGGAUCUGUUCCUGUUGCUCAGAUGGCAACAACCACCAUGACAAGGGCAAGUGCUCGUCUAAGGAAUGUCCAGCCAGAAGUCAAUGUGGAUCAGAGCUAUGAAGUCAUAGCACUCAAACGACCAAAGAAAAUUCUCGAUCCUUCACAUCCAGGUUCGACACCAGAUGAAGGAUCUCAACCACAAGAACAACCGGUAGUUGAUCAAGCCGAUCCGAAUCCCGCAAGUCCACCUCCCGAAUCCAUCGAAGUCGACGCAAAUCCAGACGAAAUUAGCGAGUCAAAGUCAAAGUCAACAGACACAGUUAUGUCGGAUGUGGAAACGGAAACGAAAAUCGAGUCGAUUAAAAAGCUUUUGUUGGAUCGAACAACUGAUUACGGGGUCCCACAGAUGGAAAGGCUGUAUACGCGAAUAGUAAAAGGUGUUUUUGGGUUGAAAAUUGUGGAUCAGGAUGAUUUUAAGCCUCCGGUUUUGGAGUUUUUGUUGGGGUUUGUUGAAAACGAGGCUAAUUUUUGAUGGGAUUUGAUUUUGGUUUCUUUCUUUUAAGGUUGGUAGAUUUUUUUUUUUUUUUAAAAAGUUUUAAAGGAUUUUGGUAGAAUCUGAAUUUGAACUUUGGUUAUUUGGG